UUGGACAGGAGGAUGCGUAAUACAUCGAAGGUUGAGACACUAAUUGAGACCUGUCGCAGCGAGGGCAAAUGGCAGAAGGUGAUUGAUUUAACCGAUGAACUGAAGACAGGGUCUCCCAACAAUGAGUGUUUAGCUCAUUUCUUGGUGGGUGAGGCCCGUUUAGAAUCGUAUUUGGAAGAAAAUCCGCCCAUUGAAAGUAAUUUUGCCAAAGCCAAGAGUGGCCUGAGUGAUGCCCGCCGUAGCCUGAAUUUGGUAACUGGGGAAAAUGGCAAAACAGCUGGCAUUGCAUUGGAUGCCUAUCUACUGCUGGCCAAAUUGUGUUAUGCCUGCGGCGAGUAUGAGAAGAGUUUGGAGAAUUUUGUAAAGGCGGAAUUGAACACAUUGGCCGAGAAGGAAUUAACUUUGAGAAGCUUAAAGAUACUGGCUGAGUCAUAUGCCAUUAAGGGUCUGUGUUUGGAAAAUCAAACCUCGAAGCCUUCAUCUAAAUUCAAGAAGGCUGAAAAGGAGGCAGAGAUGAUUUCUUGCUUUGAACGGGCUACCGAUUUGGGUUUACUCUAUCUUCAAGAGCAGGACAUUGCUGCCUAUGCCACAUCGGCCAAUAAUACGGGUGGUUCAACAUUGGCCAUUAAUGCCAGUGUCCAGCAAUCGGCCAGCAAUAUGGCCAUUAGUUCUACAAUUCCUGCAAAUCCCCUAGAAUUAAAUCGGCGCAUGGGUACCAUUUUAGAAACUGCAUUGCAGAGAGCACCCAUUGUCCUAAUUAAGGCUGGUAAACUUCAAGAGGCAAUUGAUCGUUAUCGUAUUAUGUUGAAUGCAAUUGAAACUAAAACGACUCAGUCCCUACGUCUAACCUUAGCCAGGCAAUUGGCUGAGGUUUUAUUGCGAGGAGUUUCUGGUACAAUAUAUACCGCGCCCUUCCAAAAGAAACAAGGCACCGCAUCGACUCUCAAGACAAGUGGUACAUCGAAAAAGCUGUGGAAACCUAGGAAGUAUGCUGCGCGGAACCAAUUUGUACCACGCAAUCAACAAGAAGAGACCAUUUUGUUACUUUUAAUAGCUGAAGCCUUGGCUGUUAGGGAUACCGUACUCUCACAAAGUCCUGAAUUUAAAGUGGCACGUACCCAUGCAAUGGGUAAUGCCACUGCGGUAUAUGAUUUACUAACUUUGGCCACGGUGCGCUGGGGUUUGGUACAGCUACUCAAUGAAUCCUUUGAAAAGGCAUUGAAAUUCUCAUUUGGAGAGCAACAUGUUUGGCGUCAAUAUGGUAUAUCGCUGAUGGCUGCUGGCAAACAUAUGCAUGCUCUAAGGGUAUUACAGGAAUCCAUGAAACUUAAUCCCGGGGAUCCACUGCCAUGCCUCUUGGCUGCCAAGCUAUGCUAUGAGUCAUUGGGCUUGAUAAAAGAGGGUUUGGAUUAUGCCCAUCAGGCUUUGAAAAGGGAGACCAAAGGUUUACGACCAUCACGAGCUCAACUUUACGUCGGCAUUGGUUAUCAACAAUUGGCCAUACAAAGCACCCUGAAAUUAGAAAGAGAAAACUACAACAAAUUGGCAUUGGAUGCCUUGGAAAAGGCCGUACAAAACGAUGGCAAUGAUCACCUGUGUGAAUAUUAUCUGUCAUUACAAUACGCCCUACUCAAUAACAUUCCAGAAGCAUUGACCCACAUACGUUUCGCCUUGGCCUUACGUACCGAACAUGCACCAAGUUUACAUUUAUUUGCAUUACUUUUAACCGCAUCAAGACGUCCACGCGAAGCAUUGGUUGUCACCGAAGAUGCUUUGGAGGAAUUUCCAGAUAAUUUAAAUCUUCUACAUGUUAAGGCUCAUCUUCAAUUACAUUUACAAGAUGCUGAAAUUGCAUUGGUCACAGUACAACGUAUGUUGGCAAUAUGGCGUGAACUAUAUGAGGGUCAAGUCAACGUUGAGGAAGAAAAACAUUCGGAUACAAAGAGUUUAAUACUGCAUGUGCCAUCGUCACAAAUGUCCGAUAAGGAUUCAAAUUCUGUUUAUGCGGCUUCUCUGGCGGCAGUAUCACGUGUGGAACAAGCUUUAAGUGAGGCGGCCAGUUCUCUUAGCUCGUUUACUCCCAAACCUGGGCCACAACGACCAUGGAUGAUACAAAUUAAGAUCUGGUUACUUUUGGCCGAUGUCUAUUUGUCCAUUGAACAACCUGCCGAGGCAUUGAAUUGCAUACAUGAGGCAUCACAAAUCUAUCCAUUGUCACAUCAAAUUAUGUAUAUGCGAGGAUUAGUCUGCGUCUAUCAGGAGCAAUGGAAUGAAGCUAAGCAGUGUUUUUUGAAUGCUGUGGCAGCCAAUCCCAAUCACACAGAAGCUUUAAGAGCAUUGGGUGAGACCCAUCAUAUUUUGGGUGAGCCUCGUUUGGCCGAAAAACUACUUAAAGAUGCUGCAAAACUGGAUCCAAAUUGUCCCAAAAUUUGGUUCGCUUUGGGCAAAGUACUCGAAAGUCUGGGUGAAUAUACAGCAUCUGCUGAUUGCAUGGCCACCGCAUUACAAUUGGAACCAACAUGUCCUAUACUUCCAUUUACCUCAAUAGCAUUAACAUUUGAUUAA